CAAUCUCUCGCCGGAUUGCAAAAAGAGGAUGAUCAACUGGAGAUGAAGAGUGACACUGCACCUUACCGCAUGAGCGUCCUGUGCUUGCGGGAGGCGGAAGUCGGAUAUUAGUGGAUCGAUGAAGAAGCAACGCGCCAAGCCCAACUUUUUGACAUCGUAACCCGCGGCUUGUGUCAGGAACGCCUUAGCCAAGCCAUGAACCCUAGUGUAUCCUUCUUACUGUCAGGGAGACUUUGGCAAGAUUUGCGUCGAUGAGACUGUGGUCUUUAAAUAGAGAGCAGCAGCAGCCUCCGCCACCUCAUCUCUAAAGCAACGAGCAAACUUGGAACGUCUCAGAAAACCAAGAUGCAGCUCCCCGUCACGAACCCUAACCCCGCCGCAGGCGAGACGCGCGUAAACAUUUACGGCUAUGUACCCUCGUUCUCCCUUGGCGUAGCCACCGUUGUCCUUUUUGCCCUCUUUCUCCUCUCUCAUCUCCUCUUCCUCGUCCAGUCACGUCGCCAGCAGAAGCGGCAGCGAGGCAUUGCAACAUUCGAGACCCUCUUCAUCAUCGGCUGCAUCCUCGAAAUUAUCGGCUACUCGUUUCGCCUUGCAAGCCAUGCGCACCCUUACGUCCUUCGCAACUUCAUUCUUAAUUAUUUCAUGAUCGUCGUUUCGCCUGUCUUCUUCUCCGCAGGCCUUUAUUAUUCUUUCUCUCUCUUCGUGCAAGGGCCUCAUCACACGCAUCUCCUUCCGCUCUCUCCUCGCCUCCUCGUCGGCCUCUUUGUCGUCGCUGACGUGGUGACCAUCGUGAUUCAAAUCGUCGGCGCAGCCCUCAUCGGUGUUGGCGAAUCCAACCUGGCUGACGGAAAAGUGCCGGCCGUGACACCAGGUCAAGCCAACAAGAUUCUGACGGCGGGACUGGCUGUUCAGUGUGCGUCUUUCUGCGCAUUUCUGAUCAUCGUUUUCACCUUUGUCUGGCGCUUCUCUGCGGCAAAAGCGCACACGCGUCAACCCCUUGCCGAAGAGAAGCAGAUCUCAGCGAACAAGGCGCAUCACCGUCGAGCAUACCUCUUCCUCGUCGUCCUCAUCGCGUCCUCCCUCCUUGUCUUUCUUCGAACGACAUUCCGACUGGCCGAAGCCUCUCCUGGAGAGCUUAGCCCAAUCAGCCUCAACGAACACCUCUUUGCGGCUCUCGAGACAGCGCCAGUUUUGGCCGCCGUCUUUCUUUGGUCCUGUCUUCCUCUUGCCUGGCUACUUCGAGAGGAAGACGAGCUGUAGAUUGCAGGCACCAACAGUGCGCUGGUCUGAAUUACAAAUGUCAAUCUUUAUAUUCUGCUGUUCAACAAGGUCGGGUCCAGCCAUGAAAAGAGUCCCCAAAAGUCAUUAUCGGUUGUCGUGUUGCUAAGAAAUUCGUCCAGGUCGAAUUCGAUAAAAGAGCCUCCUUGCGAGAUGGUUGUGUUGCCUGAUGCUUUAGAUGCCGGAAA